CCACCCCUACUCUCGUUCACUCGAUCUCAUACGAAUCGUGCACACCCCUACUCUCAUUCACUCGAUCUCAUCUUGUAUAUAACAUAAUAAUCAAUCGAUCGAUCGAGGUCGAACUUGAUCGAUUAAAUCAUGUCGAGGGUAGUUCUCUUCCCGUAUCCGGCGCAGGGACACAUAAAUCCGAUGUUCCAGCUGGCCAACAUCCUCCACCACACCAUCGGCUUCGCCAUCUCCGUCGUCUACACUCAGCACAACGCCCCCGAUAUCUCCCGAUACCCUCACUUCCAGUUCCACCUCAUUUCCGACCCCGUCACUGACGACAAUUCCCUGAUUCCUUUUCGCGGCAAUGCCAUCAAUGUACUCAACGCCCGCUGCGCCCGACCCUUCAAGCUCUGCCUCGCCCGCAUAUUGUCUGAAGAAAACAACGCUACCGUGCGCUGCAUUAUUACGGACGCCAUGUGGUAUUCAACGCAGGCCGUCGCCGAUGAGCUCAACGUCUCGCGGAUCGUGCUUAGGACAGCCAGUGUUCACUCCUCCUUGGUCUACGCUGCUCUCCCGCUCUUUCAUCAAACUGGAUAUCUUACUAGCAUGGAAGCAAGAGCGGAAGAUGCAGUCCCAGAGUUCCAGCCGAUCAAAGUUAAGGACAUUCCGACGUUUGGUGCCAAAGACCAAAACAGCAUAGUCGAAUUCUUUUCAAACGUAUUCACGGAGACAAAAAGAUCCUCCGCGCUAAUCUUCAAUACCUUCGAAGAACUCGAAUCGCCGGACUUGGCCAAACUUCGCCGACAAUUCGACAUGCCGGUCUUCGCAAUCGGACCGUUCAACAAGCGCUUCUCUGCUGCGGAAACCAGCUUGCGCAAACAAGAUAGAAGCUCCAUAGAUUGGCUCGACACGCAGGCGCCGCAAUCCGUGCUCUACGUUAGCUUCGGCAGCAUCGCGGCAAUGGAUAAAACCACAUUUCUCGAAGUCGCCUGGGGACUGGCCAACAGCGGUCAGCCGUUUCUGUGGGUUGUCCGGCCGGGAUCAAUCAAUGGCGCGGCGUCGGCGGGAUCGGAGGUGCUGCCGGCCGAGUGGGCGGAAAAAGUUAGCGGGCGGAGCUGCGUGGUGGAGUGGGCCCCGCAGCAGGAAGUGCUGGCGCAUUCGUCGGUCGGGGGAUUUUGGACGCACAGCGGAUGGAAUUCGACGGUGGAGAGCAUCUGUGAAGGGGUGCCGAUGAUGUGCGCGCCGUACUUUGCGGAUCAAAUGAUAAAUGCUAGGUGGGUUAGCGAAGUAUGGCGGAUCGCGAUCAAUUUGGAGAGAGUGUUCGCGAGAAGGGACGUCGAAGAGGGUAUUCGGCGAUUGAUGACGACGGCGGAGGGGGUGGAGAUGCGGCGGAGAGUGGCGGCUUUGAAGGAGACGGCGGCGGCGUGCUUGGGUCCCGGUGGUUCUUCUUAUGAAGCUCUUGUGGGUUUAAGUAAGUUUAUUAUGGAAUUGGGUUGAUAUGUAUGCAUACAUUCCAAGAAGAGCCAUCUAUUAAUAUUGGCUACGCGAGUGUUCAUCAGAUGCAUAUGUUGAAUUAACUUUUGUUUUGGUGACUGUUGGAUAUAAAUGUUGGCAAAAUAGCAAAAAAUUCUAUUGAAUUUGUUCAUUAGUUCUAAA